CAAACUAUGUAAUCGAUAAAGUACAGAAUACAGAUCUGUACUGGUACUGUACAGAUCUGUACUGGUACUGUACAGAUCUGUACUGAUGCCGCGUUCGAAGCGCAUGGAUGUUAAGUACAGUACUAUCACAAAAACCUUUUUUUGCCAUACAUACUGCAACCGGAAAAGAUUAGUGCGUUAUCCGAAUGAGCGAUGAUUUUCCUUUUCUACAAUCAUUACGGCACGUACUAUGCAGCAUUCCGCUUCGGACUGGAAUAAAUCAUUAAGACAACUAGACACAUCUGCACUUUAUAUCAUUUUGCAGCACACGACAGAGUCAUGCUGUUUAUCCGAGCUUCAAACAUGAUGGGAUGUAGGUAUAUAGCUGACCUGCAAUGUAGGACUCUCAGUCGAACAGUGCAUUGCACUGAAUGUGGAUAUGUUGGGUAUGCGACCAUUUCGUCCUACAUUGUACAUGGUACGACAAAGUGGUGACAAUAUCAAGAAUACGUGGCCGCGUAAUUCCAUUUGACCAGCACGACACUCCCUCUGGCCACCACCUUGACCUUCUCGGAAUCAAACCUUGGAUCCACCCGCAUCCCGGCCUGCUCCAACCCCAACUCCACCUCAUCCUUCUCUCCCAAUCCCGCCGCUAGUUUAUUGCUGACGUCGAUCACCGCCACGGUCUUCCCGUAGCGGUAAUCAUGGGAGCGACGGUGGUAGCCGUUGACCUCCACCCGCAUCUGCAGGUCCUUGGAAGGUAUCCGGGUCCGCACCGUCUUGACAGCCUCCUCCACGGCCCGGCUCAUGGCGCCACCGUCGUUCUGGAAGAAGGAGGUGGGAUGCAGGCCGGUGUAGAAGUUAUCGCGGACGGGGGAGUCGGGGUCGUUGCUGCAGUGGAUGUCCACGGUGAUUUUGGUCGGGUGGUCUGGGUUGACGGCGGUGUAGUUGCAGUAUGGAUUCAGUUGAGCGGCGUGAGCAGUGGGUGCACUGGAUUCGGUGGUAGUGGUGCGACGUUGUUUAGCGGCAUCCACAGCGCGCCAGGACAGGAAUAGGACGGUGGCAAAGAGAACAUUAAAGAACUGCCGAUUUAGAGUGAAAACCGACAAUGUACAGCGGGACCCGCGCAACCAACAGUGUUGAUGUUUUGUCUGACGACGGCCGGCUCUGUUAUGGACGUGUGGUGGACGUAACGGACAAGGGACUCUUCAUCGACUUCCUUAUGCCCAGUCGACGCCGUGAAUUCACCCCCUUUGAACGCUUAUUCCACUGCCAUGCUCAACUGCCUCUGGAUGCCGACCGGAUGCCGACCAGAUGCCUCUGCCUGCCCUCUUUACGGUGAACCGCUGUCAUCCAUUCACCUGGAAGUGUUGGGUCGGGAAAGUCCUUCCGGUGUGUGGAUGUGGUUUCCCGCCCGGGCGGCCCAUCUGUCGGACGGUACGCAACACAAUGCUUACGGCGUGGCCGUGGUUACAUGGUGGAACGAAAGAGAGUACACGGAUAUUGUUCCUCUGGACCGGACACGGUGGAGGGUUGCGAGCGACUGGUGGGCGCAGCACGGCCAAUCGCCAGUGGCUUUCACCAGCGGUACUGACGACAUCUCGCGAUUUCUGGCUACUUGGCCCGCGAACGUUAAGAAGAGCACAUUUACCAAGAGUUUCAUUCAGAUACCGAUAAACAGCUCCAUACCUGGUGAAGAAAUGCUGAAGCGCAUUAACAACAGCGCUCCAGUGCCGUUUGUGGAGGUUGCCAGUGGAAAAAUGUCGUAUAUUCAGUUGAGAGAAUUCUGUAUGGCGAAUCCGCAUUUGCCGGUACUACAAGAGGAGUUUCUGAUGUCGGUUCCGAGCAUUAUUCGGGAGAUGGUAGCGUCAUCGGCUAACUGCGGUAUCAUGGAAGAAUUUGGCGAACUACCGCCUGGAGUAUGGAAGGAAGUGUUUUCGUGUCUGGAAACCGGCAUGCAGAACACGCUGCGUGGUGUUUGCUGUACGUGGAACGACAUUCUGGAUUCGGCAUCUUUAACAGACAACAUCAUUAUUAAUAGCGCGGAAUUUGAGGUGUCAAAGCCGGAUCGGUUCGUUUACUACAUGACGUCACCCAUUUACAAAUGUCUUCGUUCGUCUACGCAACGCAUUGUGUGUGAUGCAUCCCGGCUGAAGGACGAGACUGAUGUAUUUAAGCUGCUGGAUAUGAUACACUACGUUGCAAGGCAGAACGCCAGUGUUCGACUGUCAGGUUUAUAUUUGUUGGGGUUUCAAUGGCGAUUCCAGAUUGGUUCGGGCCAUUCUUCGCAUCAUGACACGUGCGAACUGCAUCAAGCUGGAAGCUUAGCAGCCACGUCAGAGUAUGCUACCGGUAAUUUCUGCUGUUUCCGGCUGGGCUAUUUUGUCGCGUCGCUCCGGCGAGUUCCAUGUGAAUUCAUCCGGUUUCUCAGCUGUACCGUAAAUCUGGACUAUGUCUUUUUCGGCACCCCUCCACGACCCAGAACGAUAGAUUUGUCAGUUGUCAGCCGAAUCAAUACGCCCCGCAUGCAGGUGACUGACGGCCUUAGCGGUGCCGUGUGGGAUGCGUUGGAAGCUGGUUUGUCGCAGUCGCGGACAAGCUUUGGCCAGCCCGCAAAAACAUCUUGGUGGUUGGGAAUGAUCACAAAACUAGCAGGAAACGGCGCUGAUUACUAUGGCAAAGAAAUGUGCAAGGCUUAAACUAACAUUGAUCAGUUUGGAAAUGGAAAUUUGAUAUGACCUUUCUGCCUCGUAAAACCAUUCCCUGUCGACAGUUCACUCCUGCAUCGCUCUGCAGGCGUUAGCCUGUAUUAAGCCAGACCAGGUGUGACCCUGUGAAUGUUGACGGACCGCCGCUUCGGCGCGGACCGAAAAAGCCAGCAAAGUUUGAUUUGCAUUAGCAAGGAAUUGACUGCAUAUCAUCAAAGCGGG